AUGGCCGUCCUGAACCACGUUGAUACCGAUGACGGUGACCAAAUGAAGCCGUCGGCCGACUCCCUGCGGCGCAAUUUGUCCAACCACGUGGGGCUGAACCUGGAGGAUGAACCCGGAGACGCAUCCACGAGUGGAAGCGAAGAUGGCGGGGGUCGUCGGAAUCGCGUCCUUGCGCGACGCAACAGCAACGAAAUGCACCCGCUGGCCAUCUCGAAAGCGCUCGAUGCAAUCACGAUGGAAUGGGCGGCGAAACAGUCGACGUCGGCGGCGGCGUCUGCCUUCCCUCAUCACCCCAGCAGCCACGACAACGCGGCACCACCGCGGCUGCCGGUACGUGGUGUCGACAUUAUCUUGUCUAACGGAAGCGGGGUGAUGCAGCUGACACGAAGGGAGGUCGAAAUAGUCAAGUUGAUCUUCUCCCUCAUGGACGUCGACGGCGACCUCCGCCUUGGCCAAGGGGAGCUCACUCAAUUCAUCCAGCGCAUCCUAGGCGACACGAUCAGCGAGGAUAAAGCAAGGCGGUACCUCGCGGCGCUCGACUGCAACCGCGAUGGCCAGGUCGACCUCGAUGAUUUGCUAUCAUGUGCGUCCAUGCUUAAAGCGAUGCAUCGCCACGCAUCUCUGGCGUCCCAGCAUGACGGUGGAACGUUUGAGCUGUGGUCACGCUUGCCGCCGUGGACUCGGUGGUUGCUCGCGGUGGCGUUUGCUGUGGGUGUGGGUCUGCCGUGCAUUGCCCGGACUCGGCGAUGGUGGAGUGCACAAAUCAACUCUCGAACAUGGCUCAAGAAAUGGGUGUCCGGUGACACGAGCGGCGUCGUGGCUCUCGGAAUCGUCCUGUGGAUAUGGACGAAGUGGCGAAGUCGAAGUCUCCAUGCGCCGAAGCAGACGAGGAUGGAGUAAUAAAGUCCCGACGUUAUCGGACA